AUGAUGGGUAUAGACCAAGCGGCAGCCCAAGGUAGCAGCAGUCCGGUGACCGACGUCGACACGGGCUUCGUCUUUGCGGCAUACUCGGGUCGAUACGACACGUCAAACGGCGCGAUCCAGUUCCGAGUGGCCGUGCCGAGCGGAGUUGGCACAAACGAGCCCUACGACGCCGUGCUACAGGUCGUGGCGCCAACCGCCGUCGGCUGGGCGGGGGUGGCUUGGGGAGGGAGCAUGACCUACAACCCGCUUACCGUGGUGUGGCCGAGCGGACAGACGGUGACUCUGAGCUCGCGUUGGGCUACGGCACAUGCGGCACCAGCACCAUACACCGUGCCGGUCUACGAGGUGCUCAAGACCGGGACGAGGGUCAACAGCACGCACUGGCAGAUAACGGCCAAGUGCAGCGGAUGCACGUCGUUUCAGGGCCGCGCCGGAGCGGCACCCACCUGGCUUCGGCCGACCGGGUCAAACAGGUUGGCGUUUGCCAUGGCCAGGACCGCCCCGAGCCAGCCGGCGUCAAACACGAGCGCGAUUCUGUAUCACGAGGUCCACCAGUACUGGAACGCCGACUUUGGCAGCGCGCAAAAUGAAAACUUUGGCGAGCUGGUGCAGCGGAAUCUGUAG